CGGCGCCUGCGCAUUCGGUGACCUUUCCGAAUCGUUGGCUGUGCUGGUUGGAGCGACCUGAGCCAUUGGUCCUGCGACGAGAUGUUUCAGAGCCUCAUGAAGAACGUCUGGGUCCCCAUGAAGCCCUACUACACCCAGGUUUACCAGGAGAUCUGGGUGGGAAUGGGGCUGAUGAGCUUCAUCAUUUACAAAAUCCGGAGCGCUGAUAAAAGAAGUAAAGCCUUGAAAGGUUCGAGCCCCGCACCUGCUCACGGCCACCACUAAGCAGCUGGACCCGAGUGCGCAGCGCGUGGAGCGUGGGCGGGCUGUGCGUCGGAGCUCUGUCCGGCGGGGAGGCGGCACGCUCUGUUGUAAAAGCCCCGCUUCCUUGCUGGCGGAAUAAAUGCCCCUGUGAGACACC